AUGUGUUGUGCAUCCGGCGAAGCUUUGUGCGGUGACGGUGAGUGUUGCGAGGGAUUCGAAAACCAAAACGGAACUUGCACGCCGAUCUGCAAGAAACCGUGCAAAUUCGGGAUUUGCGUAGCACCGGAUUUGUGCGAAUGCAACGAUGGUUACGAGAGCAGUCCGGAUGGAAGAUCUUGUCUUCCCGUGUGCACCGAAACUUGCGUGAACGGAAGAUGCAUGUCUCCGGGGAAAUGCAUGUGCACGAUGGGAUUUUAUGCGGACGCGAAGAAUCCUAACAUCUGCUACAGGCAAUGCACCAAUCGGCCGAUUCGAGGACAAAUUAGGUGCGGCUGUAGCUCAGGUUAUUCCAAGCAGGAGGAUUCGAAGAGUUGUGUACCAGUUUGCAAGAAGCCGUGCGUUGAAGGAUUCUGCGGAUCGCCAGAUACUUGCGUCUGUAAACUGGGUUAUAAGAAGAAUCCUAAGAACAAGUUUGAAUGUGUUCCAACAUGUAAAACGCCUUGUGAAAAUGGGAGAUGUACAGGUUUCAAUACGUGCACGUGCAACGAAGGAUUCGAAACGGAUUCUGGUAAUACUUGCAAACCAGUUUGCUCGAAGAAGUGCGAGAACGGUAUGUGCGUGGCUCCUGAAAAAUGCAGUUGUAACGAAGGAUUUUCACCGAAUGAUGAUUCUACAUGCGUUGCCAAUUGCGAUAAACCGUGCGUGAAUGGGAUUUGCGUAGAAAACAAUUUGUGCAAAUGCAACGAGGGUUUCUCCAAAAACGCAGAUAAUCCGUACGUUUGUGAAGCAAUUUGCGAGACACCUUGUAUUAAUGGAAAUUGUACAGCACCAAACACUUGCGAAUGUAUUGAAAAUUAUACUAUGAAUGAUAACAAUACUUGCGAAGCAAUUUGCUCAAAAGCUUGCAUAAAUGGAGAUUGCACUAAACCUGAUGUUUGUACCUAUCCAGAAGAUGAAUUUAAUUGUAAACCGAAUUGUUCGAAUCCUUGCAUCAAUGGAUUGUGCAUAAAACCAAACAUUUGCAAAUGUAUGGAAGGAUUCAAGAAGUCUUCUGAUAAUCCGUACGUUUGUGAAGCAAUCUGUGAAAUGUCUUGUAUUAAUGGAAAUUGUACAGCACCAAAUACUUGUGAAUCACCAAAUAUUUGUGAAUGUUUGGAAAAUUAUACUAUGAAUGAAAACAAUACUUGUGAAGCAAUUUGCUCAAAAGCUUGUAUAAAUGGAGAUUGCACUAAACCUGAUGUUUGUACCUGUAAUUCUGGAUUUAUACCUGAUGAGAAAGAUUCAUUUAAAUGCGUUGCAAAGUGUUCGAAAAAGUCAUCAAAUACUUGUGAAUGUUUGGAAAAUUAUACUAUGAAUGAAAACAAUACUUGUGAAGCAAUUUGCUCAAAAGCUUGCAUAAAUGGAGAUUGCACUAAACCUGAUGUUUGUACCUGUAAUUCUGGAUUUAUACCUGAUGAGAACGAUUCAUUUAAAUGCGUUGCAAAGUGUUCGAAAAAGUGUAAAAACGGUUUUUGCUCAGAUCCUGAAACGUGCUUUUGUAAUGAAGGUUUUAAACUAAAUCCUGCAAACAAAUUCGAAUGCGUCCCGAUUUGUUCAAAGAAAUGCAUGAAUGGAAAAUGCGUUUUUCCUGAAAAAUGUGAAUGUAAAGAAGGUUACUCUUCAGAUCCAGAAGAUGAAUUUAAUUGUAAACCGAUUUGUUCGAAUUCUUGCAUCAACGGAUUGUGCAUAAAACCAAACACUUGCAAAUGUAUGGAAGGAUUCAAGAAGUCUUCUGAUAAUCCAUACGUUUGUGAAGCAAUCUGUGAAAUGCCUUGUAUUAAUGGAAAUUGUACAGCACCAAAUACUUGUGAAUGUUUGGAAAAUUAUGCUAUGAAUGAAAACAAUACUUGCGAAGCAAUUUGCUCAAAAGCUUGCAUAAAUGGAGAUUGCACUAAACCUGAUGUUUGUACCUGUAAUUCUGGAUUUAUACCUGACGAGAACGAUUCAUUUAAAUGCGUUGCAAAGUGUUCGAAAAAGUGUAAAAACGGUUUUUGCUCCAAUCCUGAAACGUGCUCUUGUAAUGAAGGUUUUAAACUAAAUCCUGCAAAUAAAUUCGAAUGUAUCCCAUUUUGCUCAAAGAAAUGCAUCAAUGGAAAAUGCGUUUCUCCUGGAAAAUGUGAAUGUAAAGAAGGUUACUCUUCAGAUCCAGAAGAUGAAUUUAAUUGUAAACCGAUUUGUUCGAAUCCUUGCAUCAACGGAUUGUGCAUAAAACCAAACACUUGCAAAUGUAUGGAAGGAUUCAAGAAGUCUUCGGAUAAUCCGUACGUUUGUGAAGCAAUCUGUGAAAUACCUUGUAUUAAUGGAAAUUGUACAGCACCAAACACUUGCGAAUGUAUUGAAAAUUAUACAAUGAAUGAAAACAAUACUUGUGAAGCAAUUUGCUCAAAAGCUUGCAUAAAUGGAGAUUGCACUAAUCCUGAUGUUUGUACAUGUAAUUCUGGAUUUAUACCUGACGAUAAAGAUUCAUUUAAAUGCGUUGCAAAGUGUUCGAAAAAGUGUAAAAACGGUUUUUGCUCCGAUCCUGAAACGUGCUUUUGUAAUGAAGGUUUUAAACCAAAUCCUGCAAACAAAUUCGAAUGCGUCCCAAUUUGUUCAAAGAAAUGCAUGAAUGGAAAAUGCGUUUCUCCUGAAAAAUGUGAAUGUAAACAAGGUUACUCUUCAGAUCCAGAAGAUGAAUUUAAUUGUAAACCGAAUUGUUCGAAUCCUUGCAUCAACGGAUUAUGCAUCAAACCAAAUACCUGCAAAUGCAUGGAAGGAUACACCAGAAACCCAAAGAAUCCGUACGUCUGCCAACCAGUUUGUAAAAAGCCCUGCAAGAAUGCCAAAUGCACAGCUCCAAACACCUGCAAAUGCUUAGAUAAGUACGCACCUAAUGCUAACAAUCCAAACGUUUGUGAUCCAAUUUGCAUGAAACCUUGCACCAAUGGAAAAUGCACAAAACCGAAUCAAUGCACGUGCAAUUCCGGAUUUAUUAUGAGUAAAAGUAAGCAAUGCGUUCCUCGCUGCUCCAAACCUUGCGUGAACGGAAUCUGCACCGCACCAGAACUGUGCCUCUGCAAUCCGGGUUACGAAAGGCAAGGAAACGCUUGUUUACUAACACCGAAGACUUUGAAACCUUGUAGUGAAGGUUUCGUUAAUGAUUUCAGAGACGAAUGCGUCCCAAUUUGCAGCUGUGACAAUGGAUUCCUGCUGAAGGAUGGAAGUUGCGUUUUGGAGAACGCUUUCGAGAAAUUGGAAGUUUCCGAAGGUUUUGAGAACGAAACUAGCAGCAAUAUCAUCGAUCUGCAGACGGCCCAAAUGGCUUCCACGUGGACGAUCGUCGGAGCUUCUGCAGGAGGCCUGGCCUUCGCCGCGAUGUUCGGAUAUUUCGGUUACGUCAUGAAAAAGCAUUGGAAAGUGCCUCAAACCAUUACCGAUGCUGAAACAGCGAAUAGUAACUAA